AUGGCUUCCCUUAACCUAGAGGAAAGGUGGCAAACAAAAACCAGCUCUGUCUUGGAAAGAAGCAAACUCAUGUUCAACAAUACUCUUUUAAGUGACAUCAAGUUUGCUUUUCCUAAAGCUGAUAGCAACUCAAUGAUUCCAGCUCACAAGUAUGUUCUCGCCACUAGCAGUCCAGUAUUUUUCACUAUGUUUUACGGCGAUCUGGCUGAAACCAGCGACACUAUAAACAUUACUGACUGUGAUUCAGACGUCUUUCUUCGCUUCCUACGUUUCAUUUAUUGCGAGGAAGCGAAUUUUGAAGACACCAUGUGCGCCAUUGACGUAUGGCAUCUUGCCGACAAAUAUGACGUCCCUUCGCUUGCAAAAGAGUGCUUGGAGUAUUUAGACGGAAACAUGGAUCCAGUGGACGCCUUUGAUGUAUUAACGUAUGCUAGCCAGUUAAAUAACGAGUUUCUGGGGCAAAGUUGUUGGGAGGUGAUAGAUUACAAUGCGGAAGCAAUCGUUGCUGAUGAAUCAUUUGUAGAUGUUCAACACGCGUUUUUACUCUCCUUUGUUAAACGAUCUUCUGCACGAAUCAAGGAACUAUCCUUAUUUCAAGCUUUAGAUCGUUGGGCUACAAAGAAAUGUGAAGAAGCAAGUACGACAGUAGAUGGAGAACAGAAAAGGCGGUUCCUAGGAGAGGAAAUGAUCAGGCACUUUCGAUUUUCCUUGAUGUCGCCUAAAGAGUUUUCAGAUGAGGUUGAGCCAUCAGGCGUUUUGCAGGCAAAUGAAAUACUUGAUGUUUUUAAACAGUUCUCUUCUGUUUCUAUCCCUGGUAGAUUCAAGUUCUCAACGAGUCCCAGAAAAUCAUCUUACGAAGUCAUGACUCUGUCCUGUGAUCUCGGCAAUAUCAAAAAUGGCAGCUUUAUGACUCCUGUAUCCAGAAAGACAGGAGUACUGACAUUUGCGGUGACAAAGGACGUCUUACUUAGUGGUGUAAAAAUUGUGACUGAUAAAGGUCGGGAAUAUUGUCGCGUUAGUCUAGCUAUCGCAAAUGGAGAUAAACAGGUGAGACGAAUCAAGGAUCACAAUUUUAUUUGUAAUUAUUAUAACUCUCUUAGCAGCGACAGCUACGGGGAAAUUGAUGUCGUCUUCAACAGGCCUUUCGCUUUGGCAAAGAAUACUUGUUACACAAUCAAAACUAAUACAGAUACGACAAAUAAUCUGGAUUCCGGCUUCGUGUACCAGACGAGUGGGUUCUCUAAUUCGGGAUUCUCGAUAUCCUCGUCAAUUAUCGGCCCUACACUUUUCGGUUCAACACCUUCACUAGACACAAACAAGUCAAACAAUGUAAACCCCAUAAUUUCUUUUUCACAUUUUGGGAAUUGUGACAAAAAUUGUCCAGAACAUUCGGCGGUUGGAGGAGAGAUAACGAAACUAGUUUUUGUGAAUGACAAUGAGCCCACUGAUCUUCCCCGCUGGCUUUAG